GUACCCAAGUCUCAAAAAUCAAAAUUGCAGGCAUCAACGAGAGAAGUGGAGUCGAGAGCAGCGAAGGAGAGGGAAGUGGAAGUUUGCCUGAAUGAAUUAUCCGGUCCAGAAGAACACUCUCUACGUAGGGGGUCUGGCGGAGGAGGUGAACGAGGCGAUUCUUCAUGCGGCGUUCAUUCCCUUUGGGGAAAUAAAAGAUGUGAAGACGCCCCUCGAUCAGGCGACGCAGAAGCAUCGCUCGUUCGGGUUCGUUACCUUCCUCGAAAAGGAGGAUGCCGCGGCAGCCAUGGACAACAUGGACAACGCAGAGCUCUAUGGAAGAGUCCUCACCGUCAAUUAUGCCUUGCCCGAGAGAAUCAAGGGUGGGGAACAGGGUUGGGCUGCUCAGCCCAUUUGGGCGGAUGCUGAUACAUGGUUUGAACGUCAACAACAAGAGGAAGAAAUGCAGCGCUUACAGGCAGAAAACCGGGCUGCAAUGCAAGCCGCAGAGGAGAUGCAUAGGAAGAAUUUAGCUCAGGAGCGAGAGGGUGAAAAGGAAGAAGAAACCGAGGCCAAGGACGAUCCCAUGGCGAUGGCAGAAGCAGAAGUUUUGAAACAGAAUACCAGUGCUUAGAAGCUGAACAGAUCAGUUAUAGGGGUAUGGGCUACUACCGGAGUUGGGAUUUUCUUUUCUAUCUGCUUCCUCUACAAUUCAAACUAGCUUCAUGUUGAAAUUGUACACUAUCAUGAAUUCAUGAUCAAUCAAUAGUUUGGUUUGCUUCUGGAGAACAUCCACUCAAGCAAGGGAAACAUAAGAAGAUAAUGAAAUGUGUUUUAAACUUUUUGCAAAAUUGAAUAGGUUAUUUCAGCAUGGUGGUUCUGUUGUUUGUCUAAGGCCAUGUACUGGGAUUAGCUAACCCUUAUAAUCCAAUUUCUAAGUUUAAAAUGUAAUAGAUUGAAAGUUAAUUGGAAAUCAAGAACAUAUGUGUGAUACCAUUCACACAUCAAGAGCUUCAGCAUUUUUCUCU